AUGGUGGAUUCACACGCAGACCAAGACAACACGGAACGACACGAGCUCAUCCCCGGGCCUUCAGCUGAGGCAACUGCCGAUCUUUCAGCUGCAACUACCCCGACCGAAAUUGUCCCAACCUCUGCAGUCGCAGCAACACCCUCUUCAUUAUUUGGCUCUGUGCGCGAGUACGCGUCCAGUCGGGUUCAUAGAGCCCUUGAGUACAGACCCUCUGAUCCACUGGAUACUGCAGCGCAAGCUGCAAAAAUCGUCUCCGCGGUGGUGAAGCCCGUACCGUGGCUGGGUCCAGCUGUGGAGCUUGUAGAAUCCAUCGUGAGGCUUUGCGAAAAUGUCGGGAAAAACAGGCGUGCGGCGACUGAAUUGGAUGCUGUCAAAGAGGUAUUGCCCACCGUAAACGACGACGUCGUGUAUGCAAUGGGGUCAGACCUUGAAAUCCUGCUUGUCAAAAUUGAUGGCAAGCUGAAGAAAUGGAACAGUAUGCAUUUCCUCAAGUCGCUUGCUAAGCAGGCAAAAGUAUCGGAUGACAUCAAAUCCUUUGAUGCUGAGAUUCGACAGUUUUGCACUUGCUACUCUCUUGUUGCACAGACGAAGAUGUUAGCAUGGAUCGAGCUCCUCGAACAAGAACGUGAAGCUGAUAAGCAAGAAUUGAAGGACUUUUUUAUCGACGCACAGAAUGCAACCAUGUUGGAGCUCAUGUGUCAGAGACAACAAAUCGCUGGCCUCCAAGAUACUCUUGCAACGGUCCUUCAUAUCAUGCAAGAUCUUCUUUUCCGAUCCGACACUCCUACACAUCACUGCAAGGCACUAGAGGUUAACAUCUCUGCUAUUUGUCGAGCCUCUGGUGAAGUACCGCCAGAUGUUGAGCUUACUGAAGGCAUGAUAUGGAAACCAAGAGAUCCGAUAUGUGGUUCUGGCGCUUUUGACAUUUAUCGUGGGUAUUGCUUUCGCGAUCAAACGCGUGAAUGCGCCAUAAAAAUAUACAGAAACCUUGCAUACGGCGAGGAUGCAAAAAGGGCAAAAAUACUUAAGGUUGAAUUGCAGCGCUUCAUGAGACAGUUGCGUCAUUGGAGAACAGUAUUCAAUGAGGAUAAGGGCAAGCAUAUCUUGCCGUUGAUUGGUGCCAUCCUUCGUGUCCAACCAGAUCCUUUGCUGUGUUUCGUGAGCCCAUGGAUGGAGAAGGGAAAUGCGCUCCAGUAUGUCAAACUCUAUGAACACGUCAAUAGAAUCAACCUUAUUAAACAAAUUGCAGAGGGGUUGAAGGUCUUACAUUCGCAUCAACUGCUUCAUGGAUAUCUAAAAGCUUCGAACAUUCUCAUCAAUGCUUUCGGCAACCCACUCCUGGCCGACUUCGGGCUUCUAAGAAUGAUCGAGAUAGAGCCAAUAACAAUUAACUCUUUUCCUGGCGCCGGAGAAGCUUCUCGCUGGCUUCCUCUCGAAAUGCUUGUCGAUGGAAAUUCGCCUCAGUCACUGAAAUGCGACGUUCACAUGUUUGCUAUGACAGUAAUAGAGCUUAUGACACAUGAGAAACCAUUCGCACACAUUAAACGCGACCCACAGAUAAUAUUUGAGCUUUGGGAUGGUAGGCACCCUGAGAGACCGGAGGGCGAGUUUGGGAGGAAAGUGGUGGAGCGAGGCUUGAGUGAUCAGUUGUGGAAUUUACUUGUUCGCUGUUGGUCAGAGAAACCAGAUGACCGGCCGUCGAUUUGUGAGGUUCUUGCAGAGCUUGAGAGCCUACCUCCGCCCACUUGA